UUUCAAAAAAAUCUUUUUCAUUAAAAUUGAUUAAAACUUCAUAUUUAUUAUGAAUAAAGAUGUUAACAGAGUUCUAUGGCAGCCAAAUCAGAAAUUAAAGCAUCUAACAAACAUUUUUUGCUUUCAAAAUCAUUUGAACAAAAAGUUUCACUUAAAAUUAGAUUGCUAUAAUGAUUUAUGGAAUUGGUCUGUUGAUAAUUAUGAGGUCUUUUGGGAAGAGUUUUGGAGUUUUUCUGGUAUUCUUUAUUCAAAGAAUUAUAUUCAGGUUGUGGAUGUUAGAGAAAAAAUAUCAGAUAUUCCUAGAUGGUUUAAUGGAAGUGCAUUAAAUUAUGCUGAAAACUUGCUUUCUAGAGGAAAAGAUGAUGACGUUGCUCUUUUCUUAGCUGGUGAGGGGCUACCACUAAGACAAUUAACAUAUUUUGAACUGAAAGCUAAAGUUGCUAAGAUUUCUGCUGCUAUGCAGCGUUUAGGAGUUCAGACAGGAGACCGAGUUGUCGGUUACAUUCCUAACUGUGAAUUUGCAGUAACUGCAAUGUUAGCAACAACGAGUCUUGGUGCAAUAUGGAGCUCAACUUCACCUGAAUUUGGAGUUUCAGGUGUCUUAGAUCGAUUUCAACAGAUUUCCCCUAAAGUGAUUUUCUCUGUAGAUAGUGUCAUAUAUAAUGGUAAAAAACACGAUCACUUAAAAAAGCUUCAAAGUGUGGUUGACGGAUUGCCAUGUCUCGAGAAAGUGGUUUUAUGUUCAUAUAAUAAUUCUGAAGCAGAAACAGACAUAUCUAAAAUUAAUAAAUGUGUAUUUCUUUCAAAGUUUAUUGAAGACAUUCCUGAUGAUCAAAAAUUGGAAUUUCAGCAACUGCCUUUUAGUCAUCCUGCAUUCAUCAUGUAUUCAUCUGGCACUACUGGACCCCCUAAGUGUAUGGUACAUUCAGCUGGUGGUACUUUGAUUCAACACUUAAAGGAACACAUGUUACAUGGCAAUAUGUCAUCAAAAGAUAUUAUUAUGUAUUAUACAACGACUGGAUGGAUGAUGUGGAACUGGUUAGUUUCAGCAUUAGCUCUUGGUUCAUCUGUUGUUUGCUAUGAUGGAUCUCCUUUGAUGCCAACCCCAAAUGUACUAUGGGAUCUUGUUGAUGAAAUUAAAAUAACAAUUCUUGGGACAGGAGCCAGAUGGAUAGAAGCAUUAGAAGAAAAGUCUAUGCACCCAAUCAAAACUCACAACUUGGAGUCACUUCACACUAUACUAUCAACAGGAUCACCUCUGAAACAUUCAAGUUAUGAUUAUGUAUAUCAAUCCAUAAAAAAUAAUGUUCUACUUAGUUCAAUUACAGGAGGUACAGAUAUCAUAUCUUGUUUUGCUGGGCAGAAUCCUGUAAUACCUGUUCAUAGAGGAGAAAUACAGUGCAAAAAUCUUGCAAUGGCUAUUUAUAGUUGGGAUGAAAAUGGAUUAUCAGUUGAAGAUGCUGCAGGGGAACUAGUUUGUACAAAACCAUUUCCUUCUAUGCCAACCUUUUUCUGGAAUGAUACAGAUGGAAAGAAGUAUAAAAGCUCGUACUUUGACAAAUUCAAAGGCGUUUGGACACAUGGAGAUUAUUGUACAAUUAAUAGUGUUACUGGAGGUAUUGUUAUGUUAGGAAGAAGUGAUGGCGUAUUAAAUCCUAAUGGUGUAAGGUUUGGUAGUGCUGAAAUAUACAAUAUCAUCACAAAAAAGAAUUUUCCUCUAAUAAGUGACACUUUAUGCAUUGGCCAGGAAACUGGUAAUGGAGAGCGUGUAGUUCUGUUCGUAAAAAUGGAGACUGGAAUGAGGUUGGGAGAUGAAUUGGUUAACCAAAUUUGCUUUUUAAUUCGUUCAGAAUUAUCUGUGCGUCAUGUACCAGAAAAAAUAUUGCAAAUAGCUGACAUACCUUACACAGUUAGUGGUAAAAAGGUUGAAGUUGCUGUUAAAAAAAUUCUCAAUGGCGAAGAUGUUAAGCAGAGAGGAACAUUAAUAAAUCCUGAAUCGCUUGAUUUAUACUAUAAUAUUGCCGAUCUUCGAAUUUGAAGCUAAAUUUUUUAUUAGAGCUCAAUUAAAAUUUUUGAAAAAUUCAAAAUAUAAUAAAGCUUUUAAAAUGUUAUAAGUUUUGCAAUUUAAUUUAUUAUUCAAACAGUUUUUUAAAAUUUUUAAACAUUUUUUUCACUAGUUGCUUGGUUAUUAGUUUAGUUAUAAUUUGACUUUGCGUUUAGUUAGUGUUUACUUUACUCUUUUUAAUUUUUUAAGUUAAAAGUUCCUUAUACUAUUGUAGAUUUAAGAAGAACACUUUUUCUUACUAUAAAUACAUGGCUUUAUUGUUGAAAAAUUACAUAAAAAUAC